AUGACUUGUCGCCGUCGCGUCGGCCUCUACCUUGGCCUUGAAGCCGUCACAGAUAGUAAAAGUAAUUCUACAAGUAAUUACGUUUUAACUAGAUGACUAUGUACCUAAAGAAAAGGGUUAAUUAUUAAGCUUUUGUAACGGUUUUAGUUACUUCCUAUUUUCUAUAACUACCGUAUUUGACUGGAAAUGUAUAUAAUGACUGCCAUAAAUAGGUUUUUGUUUCGGUGCUACGGAAAGCGGUAUGCGGAUGGAAAGUCAUACUAGUAGAGGUAGCUUGCCAAUAUUUAUGUUUCAAUAAUCAGCCUGGCCUUACAUUUGCAAAAUAUAGGUAGUACUAUUACCAUUCUAUGGUUUUUUACACUUUUAAU